UAACAUUAUUAUAAAUCUUCUUAGACAGCUCAAUUCAAACUUUAUAUUCAAUUUGAAUGUAUAAAGAUAAGAUGGAAACAACCUCAAAUGUAAUGUGGCAACAUUGCCCACUAACCUUCUUUAGAACGAAUGUCUGGUAAAUGAGUGAAAUCUGGAAUCACGAUAUUGGAGUCGUUUGGAAAAGUUAUUUGAUAAAUAGAAGACAUUUCCGAUUUUAACUGUAUAUGAAGUUGAGGAAAAUCGUACAAGAAUGUUUAUUGGUGAUAUGUGUAAGAGUAUUUAUUCGGUGGGAUUUUUCAUACUUGUAGUCAAAGCUCAAGAAGAAUAUCCGUAUCCAAUACAAAAUAACCUCAUAUAUAAUAAAUUCGAAGUAGGAAUUGGUAGUAGCCUGCAAUGUUACGACUGUAAUUCCGAAUAUGAUCCACGAUGUGGCGAUCCUUUUAAUCCUUAUACAAUUGGAGUAAUCAAUUGCACCGACAGGAACACUCCAGAACAUUUAAUAGAUCCUUUUGAUCCCGAUAUCAAAUUGAAGCCAACUUUAUGUCGUAAAAUUGUUCAGAGAGUCGAAGGACGAACUAGAGUGAUACGAGGUUGCGGUUAUAUCAAGGAUUCUCACGAUGAUCGAGAAUGUUUCAGAAGAACUGGGACGAAAAACGUAGACGUCACCCAUUGUUCCUGUACCAAAUCCCUUUGUAACGCAGCAAAUUCCCUUUUACAUCCUUCGAUGAUAAUUUUUGUUUUACCGGUUUUAAAUAUUAUAUCGAAAGGAAAUUUUCGGUUUUGAUCGCAGAAUACGUUAUAUCAAUAGUUAUUUGUUAUGCCGUUAGAAAUAUAUAUUUAUCUCGCCAGUUUAAAAAAAAAACAUUUAUGUCCAAAGAUUAAAAGUGACCUCUUAAGUAAGUAAAUAUUAGUUUAUAUUUUAAUUAUUAUUAUUACGAAAAAGCAAUUAAAAACGUACGCUGAGAGAUAAAACUAAUCAUCUCGUAAAUAUUUAGGUUAUGCUCAGUUGCAGUGUCAAUUAGUACAAUCUGUAAUGGAAAUUCAGCAUCGAUUUAAUUUAUUCAAAUUGAUUGAUAUAUUUUCUGUAAAAUAAGGUGUUUAACAAAUUUCGAUAAAGAUAAUUAUUAUGAUAAUUUUUUUAAUCAUCGCAUUUAAGAUUAAGUUUUCGAAUUUUCGGCUUAAACUUCUCAUUAAAAGAAUCAUUAUCAAUAUGGCGGUGUACUGACGUCAGAAUAUAGUAAGCUUGAGAAUAGAAUGUCACUCAAAACUUACUAAUACGAGGGUUGUACCUUAUGUAAGGUUCCCAUAUUGUUUUCAAAUAGAAAACAUUUUUUAUUGUUAUUAAUUUAUACAUCGUUAGAAAGCUUACACUGUUGUCCAUUGUUCGAGGUAUACUCUAUUUUUUUCACAAAUUUUGAAGACGGCCCUCUGGCAUUUGCAUUUCCAAGUCAAAGAAAUCUCCCGUCAAUUUGUUGAGAAAGCGUAUGGCCUCGGCUUGAAACGUUUACUGCUUGAGUGUUUAUGGAAUUGGGCAUUAAAAUCUAUUUAAUGUUCUUCAAAAGCUCCUGGGUUUGAUGAGCGACGUGGGGUCUAACAUUGUGGUGAAGAGCGAAGGAAGCUCAUUUCCAACGAUUCUGGAUUGCUUUUCUGAGUUUGGUCAUUGAUUCACAAUAUCUAUCUGAGAUUAUUAUUUUUAUUUUUUUUGUGGCAGUAAAAUAGAGUGACGCAACUGACGAGAUUGUUGUUUUAUUUCGAGGAUGUAAUAAAACACCCAUGUUUCUUCUCCUAUGACGAUAGCGUCCAACAACUUCUCCUUGUUAUCUACUUUUUCACAAUGCUGAAGAAACUUACACAGUUAAGGCGUGCGUCACACAUCUUUCAGUAGCCAAACGUUUUUUCAAUUGUGCCUUGGGAAGCUUCAGCAAUGCGUGGAGCAGUGACCCUUUGGGUAGCUCACUGCUGAUCUAGAAAAUCGCUUUCCAAACCGGCGAAAUUUAUUAGAGAAUUUAGGGCAAUCAUGUUUUCGAUACUAGAUGUUAUUACUGCGAUUUUGCGAUCUGUCAAGUGCUUUCGCUCCAGUUCAUUCCAGCUACUUACAAAAAAUUCUGUGAAGUGCUGCUGUAGUUUUUAUUUCGUUUCUAAAGUAAGAUUUUUACAAUAUUUUCUUGAAUUCGGUAUCUUGUUGUUUUUGAUGGAUAUCGAAUUUUGAAAUAUCAUAUUUUCAUUUGGUUAGGUUUGUUUUCUGAUUGUGGAGCUGAAUAAAUUAGUGUACAAUAACUGAACUUACAAAUUUGUAAUUUUUAGGUUUUUGGACGUGUUGUCCAGUGAAUGAUUUCUCACGUUUUUGAUUUCAGACAAUAAUUGGACGAGAAAGUACUGAAUCAAAAAUUAUAAUUGCAGAUAAAGAUGUUUGCUCAAACUAUGUUGCAUCAACCAGUGGGUCUAAUUUGGAGGUCAAUACUACGAACAAAUAGUCUAAAAAUGCUUUCAUAUCCCAGGUUCAAAAGGCUAGAAGUUCACAUUCACCAUUUCUAAUGUAGCAAUAUUAACUUGAGGAUAAAAGAGAAAAAAAAGUAACGCGAAGAGAAAAAACAAGAAUAUUUAGAUAACACCGCUCACCAAGAAGUAAAAAUUGAAGAAAAUAGAUCUGUUUUGAGUGAAAUAUGUGUGCAAAGUUCAUAAAAAAAUGCUAAAUAGCUUUCAGGUCCUUCUAGGCCGCUUGGCUGCCGGCAAAAUGUGAAUCCACUUCCCAGAGCUUCUGAUUGUUGUACAGCAUUCUAAAGAGUUUUAAAGAAAAGACACUUUCUGUGUUAGGAGUGUGACCUGGAUUCAGACUAGCUUCAAAAAGUUGAUCUAUUAUUACUUCGAAGGCUUUGUCUGUGGCAAAAAAGCAAAAUAUAAAGAGAACCGAUCUGUCAUUUGUGUCAUAAAUGCUUCAGGGAAGACUUAGAAGAUAACAUAGAAGAAGGUAAUGGAAAGUUAUGGAAGAUAUUGGUCGUAUUCAGCGGAUGAAAGAUUGUACAACUGUUUUAGAACUCUUAGAAGAAAAAUUUGAGCUUCAUGAAGCAUUGAAACAUUCUUUGAAAAGAACUAGACAAAGUACCACUAGGUAAUAUAACACUCGAUAAGUUCAAUAAAAUAAUUUCUUUUGAAUAAACUAAACAAAAAGCAACCAAUAUAGCUUCUAGGUGAAAAGUACACCUGACAAUUGACUGAAAUCUAAAAACGGCCUACCAGCGAACGAUUAACACUAUCCCGAUCAUAUAGAACAAAUAUGGUUAUCAAUAACUUUUCCCUUGAUGCUUUAUUUAGUUGUUUGCCAAUUCUUAUAUCAAACUACCCUAAACUAAAAAAAAGAUGAUAUAAUAAGAUGUCCAAUAAUUUUUAUAUUGUACUUCAAAUUUACGUUUUUUUAAUGAUCUAUGUAUAAGAAUCAAAAAAAUGUUCGUUCUUUUCUGUUUCUUGUGAUAUAGAUGCCAUGUUUAUGAGAUUCUAAAAAAUUUUCUACAAAUUAUUAAAUGAACAUUCAUAGUCUUGUCCAAUAAUUGUAUUAUGUGUUUUUAGCACUGCUGCUAACGUUUUUCAAUGCUUUUUCUAUGUAAACGCUAUAGGUAUGAAAUUUGUUCAAAUAAAUGUGUUCUCGAAAAAUCAA